GCGGCUGGAGAGGCGAUGGCGGUCGUUUUGUCCCAGCAGCUCGAGGGAGUGCGACACCUGCUUCAACGAGUUGAUAUCCCAGGGGACGGCCACUGCCAGUACCGUUCAAUCUCGGUCCAAGUUCGGAGGCGAGGGUACGGGUAUCAAGGCCACGUCCAGAUGCGACAACAGGCUUGCCCUCACCAGCGAUUGGAUCGCCCCCACGGCUGCUCUGAAGCAGGAAGACCUCGUUUGGACCCCGACCCAACCGGCCACGCGCGUCUCGGUAGCUGAAGAUUGGGACCAGCCCACAAGUGAUGUGUCUUUUAUAGACGACCUGACAUUACUGUUAGUUGGCAGCGCGCAGGAGCCCCCUGGAAAGGUCAUUCGGGCGUAUGACAUCCUGUGUGGACUUGUCCAGGAGCGGGGUCUCAUG